AUGAGCAAACUCAAGAUCGCCUAUUUCGUGACGCGGUAUUCGAUAUUCGUGUACUACAUGCUCAUCUUCAUUUACUCUGAGUCGCGAACAUUAACGAUUCCUCAAUGUUAUCGCCUUUUUGUGUCUAGCGUUGUGUCGAUUGUGGUCAACAGCGCUUGUUCCGACGCUCUCCUCUACCUACAAGUGUACGCCUUCUCCGGUAAAAAUAAGAUCAUAGGCUCGUACCUUGCAUUGCAAUUUCUCGCGGCGUAUGCGAUCAAAUUCGGACUAUUGUCCCGCUACUUCAAAGUCAUCGUCUUUGCGAAGUUAAACCUCCCCGGGCUCUACUGCACGCCUAUAAACCCGUUAGAAGUGGCACCCUAUAUGGCUGGUGUGUUCGUUGUACCCAUUCCUGCCAUCACAAUCCUCAUCGCGAUCACCUUUUGGAUCCAUCGCUCAAGCUAUAGAGGCCUCCACAGCUCUCUGCUGGUAGUUCUGGUCCGCAACGGAAUGAUAUAUGUGCUCGUCAUCCUCCUUCUCACCAUUAUCACCGUUAUUGUCAACUAUGCUCAUGGAUCGAACUCCCUCGUCUCGAUCUUCCAAGGCGCCGUACAUCCCCUCUUAUCCACCCGUCUGAUUCUUCACCUGCGGGAACAAGCUCAUCGCGAAGCCGAGUCAAGCAUGGCGAACGCUGCUAGUCCACUUGGAGGAAAGCAUGCUGGGAAGUUGGGAUCUUUGAAGUUCGCUGCACCGCCCAUUCAGAGUGGGUCAGAGACCUCGACCGCGGGGGUGUCGACAAUGGAGAUGUCGGAUAUGACGCACCGGGUGUAG